AUGGCUGCUGAAAAGAUCUUGGCUCCAGAAUCUCAAUUGAAGAAGUCUAAGGCUCAACAGAAGUCUGCUGAGCAAGUUGCUGCUGAAAGGACUGCUCGUAAGGCUGCUAACAAGCAGAAGAGAGCUACUAUCUUGGAAAGGAACGCUGCUUACCAAAAGGAGUACGAAACCUCUGAGAGAGCUGUCAUCCAAUCUAAAAGAGAUGCCAAGGCUGCUGGUUCCUACUACGUUGAAGCCCAACCAAAGCUUGUCUUUGUUAUCAGAAUCAAGGGUAUUAACAAGAUCCCACCAAAGCCAAGAAAGGUGUUGCAAUUGUUGAGAUUGAACCAGAUCAACUCCGGUGUUUUCGUCAGAGUCACCAAGGCCACCUCCGAAUUGUUGAGAUUGGUCGAGCCAUACGUCGCUUACGGUUACCCAUCCUACUCUACUGUUAGACAGCUAAUCUACAAGAGAGGUUACGGUAAGAUCAACAAGCAAAGAAUCGCUUUGUCCGACAACUCCAUCAUUGAAGAUAACUUGGCCAAGUUCGGUCUAAUAUCCAUUGACGACUUGAUCCACGAAAUCGUUACUGUUGGCCCACACUUCAAGCAAGCUAACAACUUCUUGUGGCCAUUCAAGUUGUCCAACCCAUCUGGUGGCUGGGGUGUUCCAAGAAAAUUCAAGCACUUUAUCCAAGGUGGUUCUUUCGGUAACCGUGAAGAAUUCAUCAACAAGUUGGUAAAGGCCAUGAACUAA